CCAAUUUUGCGGCUCCCUCCCUCGACGGCUGGACGGUGGACGCUUCGCCUCCUACAGGCUCCGACUCCGUCCGUCCUCACCCCCCCAUCUCGGCGUGGCGCGGCCCCCUCCCAAGAUGGCGCUUCAAACCCUAAACCCGCACCGGCACGCGGCGGCCGUCUCCCCGUCGCCGGCGCCGUCGCCCGUCCCGCGCCGCGGCCACCCGCCGCCGCAGCCUCUCCUGCACCUCCCUCCCCGCCGCCGCCUCGCGGGCGGCGCCGCCCGGCCGCGCGCCGUCGCUGCCGCCGUCUCGGGGGCCGUCAACGAGGCCAGGAGGCGUGGGGCGCCGCAGGAGGGCGGGGAGGACGGGAGGAAGGACACGGACCUCGCCACGCUCGGGAACCUCUGCGUCGACGUCGUGCUCAGCGUGCCCCAGCUCCCGCCCGCGCCGCGGGAGGAGCGGAAGGCCUACAUGGAGCGCCUCGCCGCCUCACCGCCCGAUCAGAAAUUUUGGGAGGCUGGUGGAAACUGCAAUUUAGCCUUUGCUGCAGCUAGGCUUGGGCUUAGCUGUUCCACUCUGGGUCAUGUAGGAGAGGAAAUAUAUGGAAAUUUUCUUCUUGAUGUGCUUCAAGCGGAGGGCAUUAGUGUUGUUGGGAUGCUUGAAAAUACCAAUGCUGCUGCGUGCCGCCAAGCCUAUGAAACACUUCUAUGUUGGGUUCUUGUAGACCCAUUUCAGAAACAUGGUUUUUGCAGCCGUGCAGACUUCAGUGAAGAGCCAGCAUUCAGUUGGAUACGUAAACUCCCAGCAGAUAUCAGGACAGCUAUUCAUCACUCCAAAAUACUGUUUUGCAAUGGCUAUGCUUUUGAUGAGUUCUUCCCUGAUGUGAUCGCAUCCUCUAUCGACUGUGCAAUUGAUUCGGGAACAGCAGUGUUUUUCGAUCCUGGUCCCCGUGGGAAAUCUCUCUUACAUGGGACCUUGGAUGAGCAGAGAGCACUUGAGCAUGCGCUCAGGUUCAGUGAUGUCCUCCUCUUGACAUCAGAUGAGGCUGAAUCUCUAACCACCAUCAGAAACCCAGUUCAGGCUGGGCAAGAGUUGCUAAAGAAAGGGGUCCGCACAAAGCAGGUUGUCAUCAAAAUGGGUUCCAAGGGUUCGAUCAUGAUAACUAAGAGCACUGUUUCCUGCGCGCCUGCUUUCAAGAUCAACGUUGUGGACACAGUUGGAUGUGGAGAUAGCUUUACUGCUGCUAUAGCCUUUGGGUUCCUCCAUGACUUGCCAGCGGUUAACACAUUAACCCUAGCAAAUGCAGUUGGUGCUGCAACCGCCACUGGCUGUGGGGCUGGCAGGAAUGUUGCUCGCCUGGAUAAAGUACUACAGCUCUUGAAAGAAGCCGAUCUCAAUGAAGAAGACACAUGGACUGAGCUGAUUGAAGGAAAUUCUCUCUGUAUUGAGGUCUCAAUUAUGUCUGGGAUGGCAAGAAAUGGUUUUGGCGAGCGCAUUGUGCAUGUUCCUGUUACCAAAGUGGUUUCCGACAUUUUGCCUAUGUUCGAAGCAGUGUCAGAGCGAAGCGCUGUCCAGGCUUGAUUCCAUACUGAAUAGUAGAUUGUUGUAUUCAUUUUGUCAUUCACAUAGAUUCUUCUUUUACUCUACGAUCACACGCCGUUUUCUGGUGAUGAGUGGUAGUUGGAGGCUAGCCUCCAGGUAAAGCUACUUCCUGAACAGAAUGUGGUUGCUGAAGCUAUUGAUAGCUGUACAGCUAUGGUUGCGUGGAAUGAUGGUACCACCUGAAGUUUUGUUCUAACAUGAACGUGAUUGAUGCUACAAUG